UGGCCAUUUGUGUCUGGAUGUUCCGCGGCUGCUUCCUGCUUGCCAAUCUGAAUGUAACAGUAGUCUAAGUGGUAUAGCGAGCAGUCUAGUCACAUCUCGCAUACUCCAUACCCUUCACAUCCUCGCUCACACGCUCACGCUCACGCGCUCCAUUCCUCGCCCUCCUCGCCCAUUCCUCCUUUCUCCGCGCUACGCCACGCAAUCAUGCGCGCCACGCUCUUGUCCUCUCACCCCAGGCUGCGAGCAAUGCUCUGCGUCAUCGCAGCGACGGGAAGCACUGUGCUAUCGACCAUGCUCAACGGAGCGCUGACCAUCGCUUUGCCUUCCAUCGCCAAGGAUGUGGGCUUAUCGGUUCAGGAAGCUCAAUGGCCGCUCACCAGCUUGUCCCUCGUCAAUGGUGCCCUGCUGCUCGUCUUCGGUGGUUUGGCCGACACCUUUGGCAGGAGGCCCUCCUUCCUCAUCGGCGUUGCUUGGCAGAUGAUCGUCUCUCUCCUAACGAUCUUUGUCACCAGCGGACAGCAGCUGAUCGUGGCUAGUGCUGCAAUGGGUGUCGGCGUGGCUCUCAUCUCUCCGGCUUGCGUUGGAAUGCUUGGAGCCAGUAUUCCAGAGGGUAACUUUAAGAACAACGCGUUCGCUGCCUUGGGAGGAGGCCAGCCGGUGGGCUACGUCAUUGGGCUGCUGUUGGGCGGCGUGUUUGCGACCAAGUGGCGCGCCAUCUACUACUUCAUCAUCGGCUUCAGUGCCCUCUUCUUCGCCUUGGCCAUCGCUGUGCUGCCAGCGGACGACGAGAUGCUCAUCACAGGCAGAACCGUGCCGCUUGAGGGCCAUACCGAUGGGACGCUGCGAGGGCAGAGCGAUGCCAACAGCACAGACAAUCUGACAGGUGGUACAAGACCCACAUGGCGUCAAUCGCUGGCCACCUUUGACUACAUGGGUGCAAUCUUGGUCACCAGUGGUCUGAUUCUGCUCACCUUCAGUCUGGCAGACGCUGAACUGGCUCCCAGGGCAUGGGCCACGCCGUACAUUCCUUCGCUGCUCUCCAUCUCCGUCGUCAUCCUUUGCUCUUUUGUGGCCUGGGAACGCAGACUGGAGCGCUUGUACUUGGCGCUUGCAGCUUCCGAUCCGUCAUCCAAUAGCCCUUGCCGCAGACCCAUCUUGCCCCCUUCGGUUCUGCUUGCGCCGAAAUUUGGGCCCAUGCUGCUCUACAUCUUCGGCGCUUGGAUGACUUUUAACUGCCUCUCCUUUUUCAGCACGCUAUUCCUUCAAGAAAUACAACUCACAGCACCGCUAGAGACAUCUGUGCGAUUCCUGCCACUCGUGCUCGUUGGUCUGAUCCUCAACGUGGCUGCUGGAUGGCUCGUCAGCAGAGUGUCCACCUUCAUUCUCAUCAUCUGUGGCGAUCUCAUGGUCAUGGCUGCCGCUUUGAUAUUCAGUCUCAUGUCCCCUCAAUGGAGCUACUGGAGGGGCAUGUUUUGGGUCAUGGUACUGCAAGUUGGACCUGAUCUCGCUUUUCCCAGCGCACAACUCUUGGCUGUGCAAAGCGUCGGGCCACGUCAAGCUUCCAUUGCUGGCUCCGUGUUCAAUACGACAACUCGGCUAGCGACAUCCUUUGGCCUUGCCAUCACUAGUUCCAUCGCUGCUGGCGUUACACGUCGUGCAAGCUCGACAAAGUCUCCAGAGGCAGCACUAUUGGAAGGAUACCGAGCUGCUGGCUGGGCCUGCUUUGCCGCAUCAGCCUACGCUCUCGUAGUAGCUGUCAUAUGGCUUCGCAAAGUGGGCAUCGUCGGCGUGCGAGACCCUCCGCGCGCUUCAGAGGAUAAGAAACGCGAGCAAGGAGAAGCUUCAGAGCACCCCUCCGAGUCUCGUCAGACACGGGCACGUCCUCCAACCGAUGCCACGGAGCGUCGAGGAGAUGCAACGUCGAAGGUCAGCGCAGCAUCGACUCCUUGGCGAAGCUCUUCACCUACCGGCUCGGACGAAGCCGUUGAAAUGCAGGUUCUCGGUCAGACCAGCAGGCCAUCUCGUAGCGCCGAGGUGUGAUGUAGCAACGGGUGCCUGACAUUGUUCAUGUCUUGUCCGCAUUUCCAUCACGAAUAGAUCAUCAUCAUCAUCAUCAUCAUCAUCAUCAUCAUCAUCAUCAUCAUCAUCAUCAUCAUCAUCAA